UGUUUCGCGGGGGACUUUUACGCACGCAUGGGAGGCGAGAGGAGUGGGAGUUUAACGUGAAGUGUGCUUCUCUCUUUUCCUCCUCGUUAAGUGAACAUUUUAAUGCCUGCGAAAAUGGUGUCUAAGUUAACGUCUCUACAGCAGGAGCUUCUGAGCGCUCUGCUGGAUUCUGGAGUCAGCAGGGACGUUCUGAUCCAAGCCCUCGAUGACAUGGACCCCAGCCCGGGCACGUUUGGAGUUAAGCUGGAGAUGUCUCCAUCAGGUUCUAAAAUGAAUGGGAGUGAUACGGAUUCAAAGCCUGUUUUUCACACACUGACCAAUGGGCACAGUAAAGGACGGUUAUCGGGAGACGAGGGCUCCGAGGACGGCGACGAUUACGAUACGCCGCCGAUACUGAAGGAGCUCGAGUCGCUAAACACAGAGGAGGCGGCGGAACAGAGGGCAGAAGUGGAGCGCAUGCUGGCCGAGGAUCCGUGGCGCGCGGCCCGCAUGAUCAAAGGCUACAUGCAGCAGCACAAUAUUCCCCAGCGCGAGGUGGUCGACGUGACCGGCCUAAACCAGUCCCACCUCUCGCAGCACCUCAACAAAGGCACGCCCAUGAAAACGCAGAAGCGCGCGGCACUCUACACCUGGUAUGUCAGGAAGCAGCGCGAGAUUUUACGACAAUUCAACCAAGCAGCACAAGGGUCUGGCAAUAGUGUGACAGACAAACCCAGUCAGGAUCAGAUGCUCCUUUUCUUCCCAGAGUUCAGUCAGUCGGGGCACAAUGUGGGCCAAUCAGGAGACGACUCCUGUAGCGAACCCGCUCUCAAGAAGUUACGACGCAACCGCUUCAAAUGGGGACCAGCGUCACAACAGAUCCUGUACCAAGCCUAUGAACGACAGAAGAACCCCAGCAAAGAGGAGAGAGAGGCUCUGGUGGAGGAAUGCAACCGUGCGGAGUGUCUGCAGAGGGGUGUAUCUCCAUCCAAGGCCCAGGGCCUAGGCACUAACCUGGUCACAGAGGUGCGUGUCUACAACUGGUUUGCCAACCGGCGUAAGGAGGAGGCCUUCAGGCAGAAGCUGGCACUGGAUGCCUACAGCGGGCAGACGCACAGCAUCAACCCUCUGCUGUCCCAUGGCUCACCACACCCCCCACAGGACAGCACUUCACCCACCCACAAGAUGCAAGCUGUCAGGUACACUCAGGGUCCUGGAGAAGUCAGUGCCCCUGCUCCCAUCAGUCACCACGGCAACAGCGUCAUGUCGAGCGGCGGGUCCGUGCUCCAGCAGGUCUCGUCCGGAGCGCUGGACCCCGGCCAUGGUCUGCUGUCACCUGACGCCAAGAUGGUGUCAGUUUCAGGUGGGGGUCUCCCACCUGUCAGUACCCUCACCAACAUCCAUGGCUCACAUCACACACACCAGCAAACACAAAACCUCAUCAUGCCAAUUUCUGGGGUGAUGGCCAUCGCACAGAGUCUGAACACGUCCCAGGCCCAGACAGUGCCCGUCAUCAACAGCCUGGCGAGCCUCCAGCCUGUACCCUUCACCACACAGCUGCACACGCCACACCAGCAGGGCCUCAUGCAGCAGCCACACAACCACAUGACCCAGCAGCCAUUUAUGGCCACCGUCACACACUCACACAUGUACCCACACAAGCAGGAGGUGCCUCAGUACCCUCACCCCUCACGCUUCCCCUCUGCCAUGGUGGUGACGGACACCAACAGCCUGGGCCCACUCAGCUCCAUGGCCUCCAGCAAGCAGUGUCCCCUGCAGGCUUGGUGAACACAUCCACCCGACUUCCUCAUCGCCAGGCAACAGGAGCAGGUCUCUCUGGCCCUCUCCCUGACGUAUCCAUGGCAACUCCUAAUGACUGGUAACGGCACACUGGACAGCGAGCCACUCUCUGAGACGGGCAUGAGGUGGGGGUGAGGGGUGGGAGGUGACGUGGCACCUCUGUCUCCUUCCAGGAAGAAUGCGCCCCGGACACACACUUUCAGUCGAUAGUCACUUACGCUGUUGAAAUCUCUGACGUGAUCCUUUGGGCUUUGGUUUGGAAAAGAACUAGAAGCAUUGAGUGUGGAGACAUACUCGAGACCAGUACCUGUAUGGCAGGAGAGGAACAUUGAUCUGGGAUGAUACGGCCGCAGACAUAUCCACAUCUCCAGCCCGCCAGAUUUCCUGAGGAACAGCCACGCUCCGUGUCUGAGCAUGAUCCACUCUUACCUCUGCCUUGCCCAGCUCACAGUACCCAGCAAACCAGCUACUUCCCUCCCACAGGAGCGCACCUAGACAUGACCUGUGUGAGACAUGACCUGUGUGAGACAGGAACCGUGUGAGACAGGAACCGUGUGAGACAGGAACCGUGUGAGACAUGAACCGUGUGAGACAUGAACCGUGUGAGACAUGAACCGUGUGAGACAGAGGUGGAUGACAAUCAGUGUAUAUGCUUCUGGGAGUAUUUGUGAGGUAUUGUGCUGUUUGUCAUGUAAGGGACAGGCAGUUCCCAUGUGUUAACUCCUUUUAAAUGAACACUGGAUUUAAUGGCAUUUUUAUGAGCGUGAGUCUUCCUCUGUGAGCAGAUAGUUGUCACUGGUGUGUACAGAUGUAGAUAUAAAUGAUUAUAUCAUUUCUUUUAAAGAUGUACAUAUUUGAGGUCCACUGUUGUCUGAUGGCUUUUUGUGUGUGUGUUUUUUUCAACAUAUAAACUGUGAUUUAGAGAAGACAAUCUUUGGAACAGGAAGGACUAUGCAAUGUAUAGGGAAGUACAAAGAUUUUAGCCUGGUGAAUUUAGCCUGUUUUCUGCAGAUCCAGUUACACUGAGCAGCAUUAAAUCAGAGAGAGAGAAUUACACCAACCUGUCUGUAGGACUGAAUCAGUCACUACAGUGAAACUUCAGGAAACAAACAUACAGUUUUGUCUACAGCUACUAAAAUCAGUUCCUUCAACAUUUCCUCCCACUUCUGAGACCAUAAAGCACCAUCUUGUAAAACCACGUCAUCUACAAAUCACGUUUCUCGGGUAAUGUAAAUACUAAAGAUAUUUUUGUUGUUAUAGGAUUUUUCUAGAAGGCUCUUGCGGUAUUUAUGUGCUGUUAAUCCCUCCAGAGCACCUGGAGGUGCGUCUGUAGAGACUGACUCCUGAGAGAGACGUCUGUAGACUGUCUGCCUUGCUCACCAGGAUAAACAGUGUUAACCGCUUAUGCAACUCUGAGGUGAAUUGAUCAUUUCACACGUGCCUGUAAAGCUAAACCCAGCGCACUGACUUUAAAAUAAACACAAUAAACUCACCAAUGGAUUUUAGAGACGAGUAAAGACAGCGUGUAAACGGACUGACCUUCUAUCGGCCAUGUCAUUUGUGCGGGUGCCCAGGCUGUGGUGGCACCCAGGGUUUAUUUUACAAAAGGUCACUAAAACUUUUUUUUUUUUUUAAUGAAUUUAUGAAAACAUGCCUACUUUCACAAACCAUGUAAUUCUCUCCUCCUUGUAUUAUUUUUGUAUAAAAUUAAAAUCAAUCUUUUAAAAUCAUUAUUUAUACUGUGAGUCAAAAAAUACCUGAUGUUUCAAUU